AUGCGGAAGCUCGGCAAGGGGCAGUCUGUGGUGUUCUACAUUCCAAGAGACAUCCAAUUCAAGAUUUUGGCACUCAGUGGCAAGCAUACCAACUCCGAGAUCACAGUCUCGGAUGUCCUCCGCUGGGCUGUUUCAGAAACAUGGACGGAGCUCCGCCACAGAAUGCCCAUCUGGGCGGUUCAAGGCAAAAGAUUUGAAAGACAACGAGCUAUCUGGGGGAAUACGUCCGCAGAUUAUUUCGCCGGGCUUUCCUAA